AUGAACAAUGGGAAGUAUGAAAUGGAGUCGGAUGAGUUUUUUAUUAAUGCUGUCCUGGAGGAACGGGAGAUCAACGACUUUUCCUGGGAGUUUAGUGAAAUAACAAGCAAUUCUGAUAUAAGAGGAAGCACAAGGAUUGAAAGAGAGGAUUCUGAUAGUGAUGUGGAGUUUAUAGACAGAGUGGAAGUGGAAUCACCUUUGUGUGAGAGGAAUGCGGAGGAUGAUACAUCUUCUGGGAGUGGGUUGAAGAAGAACCUGGGAAGAUUAGAGCUGAAUGGAAUGAGCGAAGAGUCUGUUUUAAGAAAAGCAGAUGCUUGCUUAAGAAGUGGGCUUGGAAGCAAAAACCUAAGCGAGAGGGCAAAAGCUGAGGAAGGUGUUGGCGAUUAUGAGUAUUAUUCAUCUCUUGGAGAAGGUGUUUCUGACAUCAGUGUUGUUUCUGAUGGAGAGAUAGAAGAUUCUACUGACAUUGAAAUACUAUCGUUAGCAGAGAAGAAGGAGGAAGUAGUGGAGAAGUUUUCUGAUUCAUGCAGCCUUAACAACGAUUGUAUCAGAACAACAUUCCUUAGAUCAUCUAUGGAAGAUAAAGAGGAUGUGGAUAAUUCGUUUCCGGUGCAUGUCUUGGAAGAGUCUUCCUUGUCGUCCCAUGAAGAUGCUGAGCCAAGAUCGAUUGAAGAGUUUUAUCUUCGGGAGGUUUUCAAGAUGAAGGAGUUUAGGAUGAACCAGAGGGAAGUGAUACAAGCAUGUCUGUCUGGAAAGGAUGUUUUUGUGUUGAUGCCCACUGGAGGAGGGAAGAGUAUCUGCUACCAGCUACCUGCUCUUGUGUAUGAGGGAAUCACUAUUGUUGUAAGCCCUCUUCUUUCUCUUGUGCAAGACCAGAUCCGGAAUCUCUUGCAGAAAGAUAUUCUUGCACUUCCCAUCAACUCGAAUCUUAGCAGGAAUGAAAGAAGCCUUGUGUUUGAGGCCCUGAGGAGUGAUGAGCUUAUAUGCAAGAUAUUCUAUGUGACGCCUGAACUUAUUGCAAAGAGUGGGCACUUCCAUGAUGUAGUGUCUGAAUUGGUGAGAAGGGGAAGGUUGAAAAGAUUUGUAAUAGAUGAAGCGCAUUGUGUUAGCCAAUGGGGGCACGACUUCAGACCAGACUAUAAAGAGCUUGGAAGUAUAAGAAUAAGAUACCCUUCUGUUCCGAUCAUAGCAUUGACUGCUACUGCGACAAAGAAGGUGGAGCUGGACAUUCUGGAGAAUCUUGGAAUCCGGGGAUGUGAAACCUUUAAGAUGAGUUUCAACAGAAGUAACCUGAGAUAUGAGGUGAGGGCCAAGACAAGCACUGUUGAGCUAGAUAUUGUGAGUUUUGUUCAAACACAUUUUCCUGACUGCUGCGGAAUAAUCUAUUGCACGUCAAAGAAAGAAUGUGAAAUGAUCAGUGACAAGUUGAAGAAGUACAUGAAAACAGCGUUUUACCAUGCAGGCCUUAGUAAGAACGAAAGAAAUAGUGUUCAAGAGAAAUGGAACAAAGGGGAGUUCAAAGUGAUUGUUGCUACAAUAGCAUUUGGGAUGGGGAUUGACAAGAAGGAUGUGAGGUUUGUUAUUCAUUACUGUAUACCAAAGUCGUUGGAAGGGUAUUAUCAGGAGACUGGAAGGGCUGGAAGAGAUGGUUUGGAGAGUGUGUGUGUGCUGUUUUACACGUAUGGAGACAAGAAGAAGAUCAGCUUUAUGAUUGAAAAGGGAGAUGGAGGGUAUGAGCAGAAACAAAGGCAAAGGGAGGAUCUGGAGGCGGUCAUUCAAUUCUGUGAGAAUAAGACUGAUUGCAGAAGGAUGCAAGUACUGGGGCAUUUUGGAGAGAAGUUCGAUCCUCAAAUGUGUAGGAAAACAUGUGACAACUGUAGAAGAGAGGCGAUGGUUAAGAAGGAUUAUACCAAGGAGGCCCGGGACUUGAUUCUUCUAGUUUACACAAGCAAUCGAAUUACAUUAUGCCAAGCUGUAGAUGUGUACAAAGGGUUGUCGAACAAGAAGAGUAGAGAGUACUCUGAAAGCGAAUAUUACGGAAAAGGGAAAAGCUUGAAGAAGACGACCAUAGAAAGGAUUCUUCGAAGCCUCAUAAGCCAGGGAUGCAUCCAGGAAAGAAUAGAAUUUAUGGAAAGAAGGUUUUCAUGGUCUUAUCUUGUGGCCAAGAAGACGCGAGUUGAAAAACUUGAGCUAGACGAGGAGAAAGAAGAAACUAGCAAAGCGUCUCUAGAUGGGAAAAGAAAGGAUAUGGCGAGAGGAGGAGGGAAUAGAAGGACCAUGAAAAAGAUUAAAAGAUGA